UCUCUUCCUCCUCUCCUCCUCCUCUCCUCUCCUCUCCUCUCCUCUCUUCCUCCUCCUCCUCUUCCUCCUCUCAGGUUGGAUUUCUGAACAGUGGGAAGGUCGUGUCUCUUGACGUGUCGUACUACAGUAAUGUUGGAAACUCGAUGGACCUCUCUGCGUCAGCCAUGGAGCGCGCUCUGUUCCACAUGGAGAACUCGUACAGCGUGGCGAACGUGCGUGGGCGGGGCUUCCUGUGCCGCACCAACCUCCCGUCCAACACGGCGUUUAGGGGCUUCGGGGGGCCGCAGGGCAUGAUGGUCACUGAGAGCUGGAUGACGGACGUAGCUCAGAGUCUGGGCCGGCCGGCCGAGCAGGUGCGGCGCCUGAACCUGUAUGUGGAAGGAGAGUCGACGCCGUACAACCAGGUCCUGGAUCAGAUCACUCUGGACCGCUGCUGGGACGAGUGCCUGACCCGCUCUGGAUACCAGGAACGACGAGCCGCUGUCGACGUUUACAACAGUCAGAACCGGUGGACCAAACGAGGCCUCGCCAUCGUCCCCACCAAGUUUGGAAUCAGCUUCACCGUUGUCUUCCUCAACCAGGCUGGAGCUCUGGUUCAUAUCUACACUGACGGCUCGGUGCUGCUGACUCACGGGGGGACGGAGAUGGGACAGGGUCUGCACACCAAGAUGGUCCAGGUAGCGAGCAGGGUCCUGGGUAUCCCCUGUUCAAAGAUCCACAUCUCAGAGACCAGCACCAACACAGUCCCUAACACCAGCCCCACCGCCGCCUCCGCCUCCUCAGACCUCAACGGAGGCGCCGUGCAGAACGCCUGCGAGACUCUCAACCAACGUCUGCAACCAUACAAGACCGAGAACCCCAAAGGAUCAUGGGAGGACUGGGUGAGGGCAGCGUAUUUCGACAGAGUCAACCUGAGUACAAACGGCUUUUACAAGACUCCAGAUCUCGGCUACGACUUUGAAACCAACUCGGGCCGAGUGUUUAACUACUUCAGCUACGGCGUGGCCUGUUCAGAGGUGGAGAUCGACUGUCUGACCGGAGCUCACAAGAACCUGAGUACGACCAUCGUGAUGGACGUCGGUCACAGUCUGAACCCGGCGAUAGACAUCGGGCAGGUGGAGGGGGCCUUCAUGCAGGGUCUGGGUCUCUUCACUCUGGAGGAGCUUCAUUACUCCCCCCAGGGGGUCCUCCUCACGCGGGGUCCCGGUUCCUAUAAGAUUCCUGCGUUUGGCGACAUUCCCGCCCAGCUGACCGUGUCGCUGCUGCGAGACGCUCCGAACCAGAAGGCCGUGUUCGCCUCCAAGGCUGUUGGCGAGCCUCCUCUCUUUCUGGCGGCGUCCGUUUUCUACGCCAUUAAAGACGCCAUCAGCGCUUCCCGGGCGGAGUCAGGAAUCAGUGGGCCCUUCAGGUUGGAUAGCCCCGCCUCCGCCGAGAGGAUCCGCAACGCCUGCAGUGACAGAUUCACCAAACUGUGUCCGCCUGCAGAGCCCGGUUCCUUCACGCCCUGGUCCGUUCAGGUCUGAGACGUCAUCACAGCUGAGUCAUCGUUUAUAAAGAGACCUUUUUAUCUCUGCUGGAUCUCAGUAAAAGUUUUAUUAUAUCCUUCAAUCUCUCAGAUAAUUCUUCAUAUGUCUUUGUUAUGCAGCAUUCAGGGAAUGAAACAUGAUUUCAUUUUACGCUGUAAAAAAUAUUUUAAAAUCCAGUUUGAGUCGUCUGCAGCUUCUCCUCCACUCAGACACUCGGACUAAUGAACCCAAAAUGUGAAUCAAUGAAUGGAAAGGUGAUUUCCUGCUUUUUAAAAUCCUAGUUUAUAAAAUGAUUGUUUCUGUGUAAAAGAAAUAAAACUCUCUGGACUUUCA